UACUAGGCCAAAAUAAAUUUUCAUUGUUCAAUUUUUCUAUUUUUUUUUUAAAACUCCUCGCGCUAAAAUUCAUAUUUUUUUGUAAAUGUUAGGCAUCAUGAAAAAGAUAUUCAUUCUGUUGGCCAUCUUAUAUUUUACUAUAUUUAAUGACUGCGACACGACCGGAGAUGUUAAGGGUAGAAAGGAUGAUUCGCAAACGAAGAUUAAAUCGCAGAUAAAAAUCUCUGAAUAUUUCUCGGCAGAAACCCCCAGGCCCUUACCCCAGACAUCCCACCCGCUAGUAUGGACGACCAAUUCUAUCAUAGACGUUCAUACAAAAACUGGUAAGAUUAAACCGCGAAUAAAAAUCUCCGAGUAUUUUUCAGCGGGGACCCUUAGACCCGUACUCGAAACAACACUUUCCUACCAGUUAGCAACGGCGAAACCAACAAUCAACUUGACAAAAUCUAAAGCGACUAAAAAAGUUACGGUUACCAAGGCAAAGACUAAAAAGGUUAUCAAAAGAAUAAGGGUCAAAGGAAAAUCCAGAAGAAGAACCACCAUUUUGCCAACAAUUAUCACCCCGAUCCAUUUCAAAGAAGUGACAAAAAUUACGGACACAUUCGCGCACGUUAAAGGUAUAUCCAAGGAGGAAUAUUUGGACAUGAAUAAAAAUACGGAAUUCGAAACAAAUAUUGAAGGCGGGGUUUAUUCCAACUUUUCUGGCAGCUCGAUCCACUCGGAAUCCAUAGAAAUUAGAACUGAAACAAAAGUAGUGGAUGAACGCGGAGACCAAAUUUUCAAGGCUCUCAAAACGAACGUUGCGUCAGAUACGGACAUGGCAAAACAAUUCACACUUGCUCAAAUUUCUGGGGAGCCUGAUCCUAGCAUAACAACCAAACUAUUUGAUGUUAUGACACCGUCUGUGCCUACCAACGAUGAUUUAGACGACUCCUCCAUAAUCAAAACGGUAUACACAGGGCUAGAAGAGGACGCUUCCAUAGAAAGUAAAACUGAAACAAAAGUGGUAGAUGAACGCCAAGACCAAAUUUUCAAGGCUCUCAAAACAAACGUUGCAUCAGAUGCCGAUACCGUAAAACAAUUCACACUUGCUCAAAUUUCCGGGGAACCUGAUCCUAGCAUAACAACCAAACUAUCUGAUGACGCGUCAACGGCUUUGCCUGCUAACAAUGAUUUCGACGAUUCCUCUAUAAUCAAAACCGUAUACACGGGGGAAGAAGAGGAUGCUUCCAUAGAAAGUAAAACUGAAACAAAAGUGGUAGAUGAACGCGAAGACCAAAUUUUCAAGGCUCUCAAAACGAACGUUGCGUCAGAUGCCGAUACCGUAAAACAAUUCACACUUGCUCAAAUUUCCGGGGAACCUGAUCCUAGCAUAACAACCAAACUAUCUGAUGAAGCGACAACGGCUCUCCCUGCUAACGAUGAUUUCGACGAUUCCUCUAUAAUCAAAACCGUAUACACGGGGGAAGAAGAGGAUGCCUCCAUAGACGAAAACAUUGAAAAAUUAGAAGAAUUAACGGAAAGUGGCCAAGAUAAUAACGAUGCUCAAGAUGGGGGGAAAUCUGGCGAAGAAGAAACAUCAAUAGUUGGUCGGGACGAAGAGCUAGAAGAUAAUUCGGGAUCGUCAUUCGUAAAAAUCGAUAAUAAAAAAUUUAGCAAAUCUUUCGAUGAAAAAUUUAUAAAAAAUAAACACGACAUGGGUGACGAGAAAGUAGAAAUCAUGGAAGAAAGUGGCACAGGGAAAGGUACGAAGACUUCGUUCCUCGCCGAAAGUGCCUCUAAUACUCGACUCAAAGAAGAUGACUAAGGAUAAUAAGGUAAUCGUAAACGACAAUAAAGAUGAAUAUGUUAUUAAGGGUUUAAAACUUACGAAAGUAGCAAAA